GAACUGUAUAAAUCCGCGCCACUAUCCAAAACGAUGGGAAAAAGUUGCACUGCAGUUCAAGCGCGGUGUCCUGUUGCGUGAUCUCCCGCAGCUAUCCUCAGGAAACCAUCUCCAUUCACUGACCACCAGCGCUGAGCGCCGCAGACAAGUGCGCUGCUCUGUGAUAAGUCUGGAGGGGGAGAAACAACAAGAGCAGGAAUAAAACUGGUUGCAUGUUUUAUAUCUGAGACCCGCUUGUUGCAUCGGAGUCACCGAAGAUGAUGAAUUUUCUCCUCAUCUGCCUGUUAUGUGGAUUGUACGGGGUUCUGGCCAAAGACAAAGAUCAGAAGGGGAAGUACAGCGUCCCUAUUCUGGAUGUGAAAACCCGGCAUCUGGUCCUGGACAUCAACCAGACACUACUGCUUAACUGCAGGGGUCGCUGGGAGCUGACAUGGGCGUUCCCAUCAGGUUUGGCCAGUGAUCAGGUGCGAGUGGAGGAGUCCCGCUGCGGAAGGACAAGCCAGCAGUACUGCAGCUGCGUGACAGUCAGCCACAUCCAGGCCCGGCACACCGGCCUGUUCCGCUGCAGAUACCGGCACCGAACCCGAAAACAGACCUCCAUCUACGUAUAUGUCACAGACAGCCAGCAGCCAUUUGUGGAACAUCCGGGUACAAGCCCAGAUGUGUUGUACAUGAAGGAGAAGCAGCCGCUGGUCAUCCCCUGCCGGGUCACCCACCCUAAUGUCACCACCACAUUAGUCAAGUUUCCCAACCACAGCCUGAGUCCAGACCAGAGGAACAUAAUUUGGAACAGCAAGCAGGGCUUCACCAUCCGAACCCCUACCUUCUAUUACAUUGGCCUCUUCUACUGCCAGACGAUCACUGACAGCAUCACACACAAGUCACGUAUAUACUUUGUACACCGACCAGUGAGUAACAUCAUGGAUGUGUAUCUGAACAGCAGUGGACCUGUGCAGGCUCUGAAGGGAGAAAGACUGGUCUUGAACUGCACUGCCACCGGGGAGUUGAACACCAGAGUCAACAUCACCUGGGACUACCCCGGAAAGAGUAACAACACCGGCUCCAUGUCCAAGAGGCUCGUGAAACACAGAACGCACAUGUUGUUCUACAAUAUUCUGACCAUCCCGAAGCUCCAGCGCUCAGACCGAGGCCUCUACACAUGCCGCGUUACCAGCGGGGAAAAUACCAAACAACAGAAAGUCACUGUUACUGUGUAUGACCAUCCAUUUAUUCGCCUGAAGCCCAGGCAUGCAUCUGUGAUGGAGGUUCAGGCAGGACAGAAAUCUUACCGGAUCACUCCCAAACUACGAGCGUUCCCUGCCCCUGAAGUCAUCUGGUUGAAAGAUGGCAUGGUGGCAGCAGAGCAGUGCUCCAGAUACCACAUGGAUGGAAAUUCCCUGGUGAUCCGGGAUGUAGCAGAGGAGGAUGCUGGGAAGUACACUGUCCUGGUACGAAUCCAGGAACAUGGACUCUACCAGAAUCUGACGCUCAUACUUGAGGUCAAUGUGAGUCCUCAGAUAGGAGAGAAAGCGGUGUCGUUGCAGGACCCAGGCUCAGUCCCAAGGGGGAGCAGACAAGCGCUUCACUGCACAUCCCACGGGGUCCCUCCUCCACAUAUCCAGUGGCUCUGGCACCCCUGCCCGUCCAAAGGCCUGUGUGUGUGUCCAACAUCCUCCUUGCUAUGGAGCCCUGUGACAGAAAGAGUCCCCGCCACGUCCACAAGCAACCACAUCCUGAGUGUUACGCACAGACAGGAAGUGCUCCAGGGGAAGAAGAAGACGGUGGGUGUCCUGACUGUGGCAGAGGCCUUUGUGUCCGGAGUGUAUCGCUGCAUUGCCUCCAACUCUGCAGGCACAGACCAGCUAGACCUUCACUUCUACGUCACAGACGUCCCAGGAGGCUUCAGUGUGAGCCAGGGGGAGGAACCGAGAGAGGGUGGAGACCUUCAUCUCACUUGUGUAGCCAAUAAGUACCUGUACACUGCGUUGUCGUGGCAACGGGUGAACGAAACAGAGGACGCCCAUCCCCACAGCCCUGUCCUGAUCGGUCAGCGGCUUGCAUCAGGAGAGCUCUCCAUCUCUCUGGUCCUGUUGCUAAGCAACCUGACGGCCAGAGACUCCGGAGCCUACAGAUGCUCCGCCCGCCACCUCAUCACCGGACAGGAGACACACCUGGACACACAGGUGGUGGUCACAAUUUUGGAGCCUCCGGUGCUGCUCAAUAAUUUGACAGAUUGCACCGUCAACGUUAGCAGCUCAGUGAUCCUCAGCUGUCUGUCUGAAGGCAUCCCAACACCAACCAUCACCUGGUACAAGGAUGAACGUGCUCUGUCUCAGGGAUCAGGUAUUGUGAUAUCACCAGAAGAUGGGACCCUCCAUAUUGAUCGAAUUACAGGGGAGGACCAGGGCCUGUAUACGUGCCAAGCCACCAAUGAGAGGGGAUCUGCAGAGAGCUCUGCCUAUAUAUGGGUCAACGGUGCUUCAGAGGCCUCAUUUCUGGAAAUUCCCACGCUCACCUGCACCUGUGUGGUGGCCACUCUAUUCUGGCUUUUGCUCACACUCUUCAUACGCAAACUGAAACAGCCCAACAGCUCAAACACCAAACCAGAAUACCUGUCAAUUAUUCUGGACACCGGAGAGGGGCCAAUAGAGGAGCAGUGUGAGAGACUGCAAUAUGACCCCAACCAAUGGGAGUUCCCCCGGGAGCGGCUCAAAUUAGGGAAACCACUGGGCCGUGGAGCCUUUGGUAAGGUGAUGCAGGCUUCUGCGUUUGGUAUAGACAACGCCACCAGCUGCAGCACUGUGGCUGUGAAGAUGCUCAAAGAGGGAGCUACAGCCAGUGAAUACAAAGCUCUGAUGACUGAACUCAAGAUCCUCAACCACAUUGGACAUCAUCUGAAUGUAGUCAACCUUUUGGGAGCCUGCACCAAUCCGGGAGGACCACUGAUGGUCAUUGUUGAGUACUGUUGCUAUGGAAAUCUAUCUACGUUCUUGAAGAGCAAGAGAGAGGUGUUUGUGCACAACACACUGGCCGGAGGAAAGGAUGGAGGGCCAGGUUGUGUCUGUCUUGAGUUUGAUGAGAAAGACGAGAAAGAGAAUCAAAUGGAUCCCAAAUCUGCCUCCAACUCUCCUUUAUUCCUGGAGGAUCUCAUCUCCUUCAGCUUCCAGGUGGCGCGAGGGAUGGAGUUUCUGGCCUCUCGCAAGUGUAUUCACCGAGACCUGGCAGCCAGGAACAUCUUGCUUUCUGACAAUAAAGUGGUCAAGAUCUGUGACUUCGGCCUGGCCAGAGACAUCUACAAAGACCCCGACUACGUCCGCAAGGGAGAUGCCCGCCUCCCUCUCAAGUGGAUGUCUCCAGAGUCCAUCUUCGACAAGGUGUUCACCACCCAGAGUGACGUGUGGUCCUACGGCAUUCUGCUGUGGGAGAUCUUCUCUUUGGGAGCUUCCCCGUACCCUGGUCUUCAGAUAGAUGAAGAAUUCUGCCACAGGCUGAAGGGUGGAACAAGAAUGCGUGCGCCUGAAUACAGCACACCAGAGAUUUACAGCACAAUGCUGGCAUGCUGGGAGGCCAGUCCCUCAGAUCGACCCACCUUCACUAACCUGGUGGAGACCCUCGGAGACCUGCUGCAAGCGAGGGUUCAGCAGGAUGGGAAGGAUUACAUCCCUUUGGGAUCUUUCACGACUGGAGACCCUGGUCGCAGUGAGACCUUUAAAGAAAACCCCCUUGCAGUCACAAACCUGAGUUACAUGAGGGGUAUGGCCACACUUCAGAUAUUUGAGGAACUGCCUUGCGAGGAACCAAACAGCCCUGACGAUGAGCAGAGCGACAGUGGCAUGGUCCUACCAUCUGAGGAGCUGAAGCAUCUGACGUGGAAUAACGGCACCAAGAACCGGAAACUCAGCAGGUUCUUCUCCUUCACUAAGUGCCGGGACAACCAGGUGCCUUUCCUGUGCAAUGACAUCACAGGUCUCCAUGACGACCAGCCAUCUAUCUUGCCAUGUGAUUGGGAGUCUGACGAAGACGGCUCCCCUCCUCCAGACUACAACUCUGCUUUUCUUUACCCCUCACUGUAGCAUCUUCUCUAACUCUUUGACAACUUUCACAGGGUAUAUGAUUUUUAGUGAGUUGGAACUCAUACUGCUUUUUAAUCUCUGCUGUUUGCAUCCUCUACCUCAUUAUAUCUCCAUGUAGUCUUCUCUCCUCUUCCUCCGCUCUCUCUUGAUGUUUUUUCCUUUAAAACCAUAUGCUGUCGUACAACAAAGCCUCCUCACUGUUCAUCUUCAUUCACCACACAUAACGCCUUCCAAGAGCAGCUAGGUAUUACCUCAUAGUACUUACCACACGCAGUUAUGGAGAAUGUAUUUACUGACCUACAACUAUUAGAGCUUAUUGUAUUGGUACCUCAUGUGCUGAGCUUUGUGAAGAGGAACACUGCUGUAUGAAAUAAUUGUUUCUCCUGCACAGCUACUAUAUGCUGGAAAAAAAAGUUAGCCACUGAAUUAUAGUAUGUAUAUCAAUAUAUAUCUGUAUUUAUUUGAAUGCUGUAAUCAUUUGGACUUGUUAAUCAAGUCUGUAUCUGACCUUUUGUGAAUAAAUGUACACUCAGUUGCCAAUUUAUUAGGUACAGCUAGCUAAAACUAAUUAAAGGCUAACAAAGUCUAACAGCACUGCAAUAACUUUUAUAAAGGUUAUAAUGUUCAUUUGUAUUGCUUUAGAAAGGUGCACCUCAAUAGUAUCAUUGAGGGUGGACAAGGUAUUAGAAACACCUUAGUGGAAUACAAACUACAACCUGCAAAAUCACCAGUUACAGUUGAAUCGUCUCUCGAAAAGGUUUCAACAAAAACAUUAUAACCUUCAUGCACAGGAUUAAUUGCAGACAGUUUGUAUUAGACUGUGCUGGUUUUAGUUAGAUGUACCUAAUGAUCUGGCAAGAGUGUAUAUUUAAUUCUGUAUUAAUUAUCCUUAAAACAGAAUCGACACAAACUCAUAUCCCUGCUGUUUUGUGUUAUAUAUGCCAUUAGUGUCCCCUCCAUCGAUUGCUGUUGCACAAACCAUUAGAACAGUCUGUCGAUUGACAAAAGUCAAAUGGUCCCCAGUUCCAGCUCCUCAAUUGGGAGGAUUUGCUGUUUCUUUGCUUUAGGUGGCAGUAAAUUGAUUAUAUUUGGUUAUAUGUUAGUUAGGCAAAACAAGACAUUUGAAGACAUCAACUUUUUGUCAAAAUACCAGUAAAAACAAAAUUCAUAAUCACAACAGAUAAAUGGUUAAUGAAAACAAUCAUUACUUACAGCCCUAAAACCAACAGUAUUGGCAUCUAACCCACUUUUUAAAAGAUCUAUACACACCUGCUGUUAACAUGUUAUCUGUUUUAAAUGUGGCCGGAUAAGGACAGUUUAAGCCUCAUGAUACAGCCAUUUCACUGUGUAAUACAUUAGCAAGGAAGUGCAGAAGUGCUUGUAUUUUUUAGUUGUUCUAAAGAUAAUUAAUGAUUGAAGAAUUUCAUUAUAAUUCAUUGUAAUGUCCCCAAAUGUAAAAAAAAAAAAAAUCAGAUCCUGCAUGUAUCACUUUUGGUAUUCUUUAUUAAAAUACUGCUGUACACACAAAUAUUGCAAAAUUUGAGACAAUGAACACAAGAGGGGCAUAAAACAUACUAAGAUGGUGAUUGUAGGUGUGUUGAUGUGGAGGAGAAGAUGGCCAUCACUAAUAAUAACUGGAGUGUGUGUUAUGAUGUCGGAGAUCGUGAUAUGAGCACUGAUGCCGUGUGGGCCGAGUUGGGGGGGGCGUGUGUGAGUAUGAAGUGUCUCUGUGUGUGUUUUGAGGAUUUUCUAAAGCACCACAUUCACCAAAUAUGUUUUUGUCUGUUCAUUUCACUAAAACAGAGGAAGUAGUACAUGAUCUAACACAGCCAGCUCCCUGCAGGUUUGUUGCCCACAAGUACAGACCAUUGACUUCCACGACAACCGACUGCAGCCAAGACAAUGUUCUUGUUUUAUGCCUUUCACCUUGAUCUGCCUCAUACGAGUGACCUUGUUUUUCUACGGUCUUACGUUUGUACACAUUCGCCAAAAAGCUACUGAAAACCAGAUGAAGGCAAAAGAACCAAGAACAAGAGUUUUGAUUGAUCUAUAGACCGAUCUGGCUGAAGCAGGUUUGCACCAAAUUCAUUAAGUCAAGAGAUUUAAAUCAUCAACGGGAUAUGACCUGUGCUUAAGGGCAACAUGAAAUCCCUCACAGCAUGAUCGCCACAAUGCUGUCAACUUCCUAAAACCUCAAUCUGAAGACGUCCCACCCACUCCCACUGUAGCUCAUCUAUCUGACUGGACAGGGGGCGGCCAAUGACAGCCAAACACAUUCAAUCAUUGGGCCCCUCCAGCUGUUUGUCAUCCUGAGAGAAAUCCAAGCCAUUCGAGUGAGUGCAACAGCCAGCGUCACUGCUUUGUCUCCAGCACAUUGUAUAUCAUGAUCUUUAAAAGUCAAAUAAAAAACAAAACAAA